GUGAGAAAAAAUCCAAUGUGCAUUAACCUGGCACGCUGGUUUGUUACGUGUGUGUGUGUGUGUGUGUGUGUGUGUAUACUCGAAUUACAUUGGUCAGAGAAGUAGGAGGAUCCUGCAGCGAGUGGACUGUCCAACCUCGUACUUCACCGCGGAGUCCUCCAUGUUCUAGUAUUGUUAUUGUUUUGGUAGGCUGUUAUUUUGAGUCAACAUGAGAGAAGAGACGAGAAGCAAGUCCAGGCGUGUCGGCAGCGUGGGCUGAACCACGUGUGCACGUUCAACUUUCACAUUGAUAGUCUCUUGCGAUCACACACACACACAGUGAGCUGGUCCAUGACCCCCGGGACAUGGAGGCACCCGAAUCCCACCCGGAGGGUUGUUUCCACCGGACCUUCACGGCGCUGACCGUGGACGACGUGUACGAGAUCGCCAAGCUUAUCGGCGCCGACGUGGAGCGACUGAUCGACGGCUGCGGGAAAGAGAGCGUCGCGGGUCUGGUGCCGAAAAUAGUCAAAGUGCUCGAGCUGCUGGAGAACUUCACGUUGAGGAACCGCGCGCACGAACUGCGGGAGGAAGAGCUGAUGAAGACGUUCGAGUCGCUGCAGCUGAGGAAGAGGAAGACGACGACACGCACGGGGGGAGAAAACGACGAGGGCGACGACAAACAUGAGAUACAGGAGCUGCAGCAGAAGGAGCAGCAGUGGCGACGGAGGUGCGAGGAGCUGGAGGCCCAGGUGCAGCAGCUCCAGGAGGAAAGAGAGGAGCUGACUGAAGAGAGGAGCCGACUGAAGGGCAGCCAUGCACAGGAAGACCGUGCACAGCGGCAGGAGCGAGAGGUGAUGCUGAAGCUGAAGCAGGUGGUGGACAAGCAGAGGGACGAGCUGAGGGCCAAAGCCCAGGAGAUAACCACCGUUUCCAAAGAGGCGGAGGCGCUCCAGGAGCAGUUGGAGCGCUUCAUGAAGAUGAACGCGGAGCUGCGACACAAGCAGAAAGUGAUUCAGGCCCAACUGAAGAGCAGCGUGGAGAGGAAGGCGGACAUGGAGGCCGACCUGAAGGAGAAGAACCUGGAGAUAGAAACCCUCCAAACGCAGCUGGACGACAGCAGCGGCAGCAACAACAACAACGGCCCUUCCAGUUUGAGUCACGCGGCUCUCGAGUCCAAGAAAAAGUCGGUGGACGACCAGAAGGAUCUCGACCGCCCGUGCUUCACCAAGAAGGAGGUGCGCGACAUCAUCUUCGAGAGGAACGAGCUCAAAACCAACCUGUUCCUGGUGCAGGAGGAGCUCAACUACUAUCAGAGGGAGAUCCUGAAUGAAGAGAGGUGUCCAGGCUUCCUGCUGGAAGCCGUCCGCUCGGCCAUUAAAAAGAGGAGAAAGCUCAUCAAGGCCAAGAUGCUCGGCUUUGGGGAAAACGACUGCAGCAACAGUGAUGAGGAGGAGGAGGGGAGGAGUUCGACGGAGGUCGACGGCUCUGAGGCCGACAGACCCGCCGAGUCACGCAUCAGAAACCUCUUCGGCUUCCUGACGCGGUCGGGCAGCGGCCAGAGCCACGCCCACACGAGCAGCUCCGCCUCCAACUGGGAGAUCAUAGGAGACUCGGAGGCCGCCAAUGAGACGGGGCGGGGACCGCCCCCCCCUUGACCCCUGAGACGCCCUUCUUCCCUCAAGGCAAGACUUCUUCCUCAGCUUGGGACAGAACAUGUGGUUCAGGACACACAAAGUUACGUGGACAUUUGAACGCAGCCCCUCAAAAGGACGACGUGCGUCUGUGAGAAAAAAGAAAGUGACAUUUUUUUUCUCUCAAUCACAACUGCUUUCACUUCCUCUUUUGUAUAUUUUGCUCUUGGUAAUUUCUCACAGAAGUGAUCAAAAAGUACACAUAGUAUACUAAUAAUACAGCAUUUAUGGUACAGUGUAGAAGAGGGAUACUUUUUAAUCACAACAAAAAGAAAAUUAUAUAAUGUAUGAUAAUUAUAACAAUGUUUUUUUUCUUUUUCAUGAAGAAAUUGCAAAAUGGUUUAUUGUGCAUAUAUAUAUAUUUAUAUCGAUCCUCAAAAUGUUUAACAACAACCAAAGACAUUACAAAAUGUAUAUGAAACUCCAGUAACAAUGUAACAUUGUGUAUGAUAAGUUCACCUCCGUUUAUAUAAUUACAAUCAAGAUCUUACCACCAACUUUUACCUUCAGUUGGGGGAUUUUUAAGCCAUUUUUUAACUUGUGUAUUUUUCAUGAUUUGAAGCACUUUUAUGCUCAAGGACGAAAAAAAAGAUAUAUUUCUUGUCAUAUUACCAGCAAUGAGUGCAUUUUAAUCAUUUUAAUUCAGUGCAUGUAUUAUUAUACAAUAUAUUUUCCUAAUCUUCCGAGUCAAAGCCUUUGGCAAGUGUGUGUUUGAUGCUGGUACCUACAUAUAUAUAUAUAUAUAUAUAUAUAUAUAUAUAUAUAUGUAUGCAUACAGAUGUAUAUGUAUAUAUGUGUGUAUAUAUAUAUAUAUAUAUAUAUGUACACUACAGUAUGUGUCUUUCUGGCUGUACAGGACACGCCUCUAAAGAUAGGUUACUUCCCUCUCUUCCCUCUUAAAGGAACAGUGUGCCAUAUUUUGGGGGAUCUAAUUCAGUCAGAAAUCCAAUAUAGUAUUCAUAAAUAUGUUUUAUUUAGUGUAUAAAUCACCUAAAAAUAAGAACACUUGUGUUUCCCUUACCUUAGAAUGAUAUGUUUUGGGGGUCCGCUUCACAGAGCCAACUGCAAUCUUUCUACGGUAGCCCAGAGCGGACAAACCAAAUCCGGCGACAGCCGUUCACGUUGGUUGCAAUCUGCAACCUCACCCAUAGGUGGCGCCAAAUACCACACACUGUACCUUUAAUUAUGAUCAUAAUUACUCAGACAAUCACAGACCAGUGGGGUAUUUUUCUAUUUUUAGAAACAAGAUAUGACCUUCUAAUGUUUUCCUAAAUGUUUUUUUACAAUACAUUUGUUGUAAGCAUGUUUUUGCCGACAAAACAGAUUUAAUGUCAAUUAAAUGUCUUGAUUAAAUGUGAUUUUUUAAAAUUUA